AUGUCAAUAAAUUCAGUUUCUUCCAUACUGGAAGACCAGCUUCAAGAGAUCGCUCAUUACGGUCCAGUGACGGCCUUGAAAUAUCUCGAUGAUAGUCAUAUUCUCGUGGGAUAUGGCCCCUUCUUGAGGCUUCUCUACGUUGAAAAAACAACAGGAAAGUCAAAUCAGAUCUGGCAGGAACGUGUCUUCAAGAGGAAUAAGGUCCAUUGCAUAUCUGUGUCUCUGGAUAAAUCAGCAGUUGCCGUUGCAGGUGGACGCUCAUUCGCUAUUUUGGAUCUUCGUACAAGAAAAUUCCAAGAAAAGGCCAUCAACGAAUGGAUCAUUGCCGUUGAUUACACAGUUCCUACAGAGCUUCUUAUUUUAAACUCGCACAAUGAGGUUCUACAAGUGAUGACUCCUCAUCGGGAUCUGGUUCUUGGAGUCUCCAAUAAAAUUCACUGCAAUGAAAAGUCCAUCCUUUACAGUGGCUCAAUACAAAGAUGUGUCAAUGGGUGUGUGUACAUCGCCGCAGGUACUGUGAUGAGUGGUGUUCUUAUCUGGGACUUGCACUCACGUAAAAUCGUGCACAACUUCACCGACCACGAGGGUUCAAUUUUUGCAGUCAAAAUUGAUGAUGAUGCACGAUAUGUGAUCUCAUGUUCCGAUGAUAGGUCUAUCAAGAUAUCUUCGUUUGCAGAUGGAAAGCUAAUGGCCUCUGCCUGGGGUCAUGGCUCUCGCAUUUGGUCUUUGCUGUUCUACGAAAUUACAGAGAGCUCGGUAAAAAUAUUCAGUACAGGAGAAGACUGUUCCGCACGCAUGUGGAAUUAUGACAUCAAAAGCAAAAUUUUCAAGCAAGUAAAGUGCUAUGAUAACUGCCAUGAGGGUAAACAUGUCUGGAGUGUAGAUGCGGAAUCUCGCUACUGGAAAUCCUUAGUCACAGGUGGAGCUGACGGAAAAGUCCGCAUGCUUGAUUUCUCAGAGGAUCUGUCUGAUUUGAGGAUUUUCGAUGGUGAUGACAUCCAAAAACAAUGCGACGUAGUUUUCGAAAAGAAGGAAGUUAUCAAGCAAUUUGUUGAGCUUCCAAAGAUACAAGCAUUCGUCGUUAUGACCAGUCAUGGAAGACUCUUUUUUCAUAAUCAGGCACUUGGGUGGAGCACGAUCGAGAUACCAGACCAGCAAACCAUAGCCUUGAAAGACUUCUGCGUCUUGCGCAGCUUCGUUUUUGCCAACUAUUUGGUCAUUUGCUCGAGGUCAGGAGACCUCUUAUUGCUAGGCUUUCUGGGACAGUCUUCGCAGCCCGUUCAUCUAGAGUUUUUUCCAAACACAACAACCACGCCAAUCAAAGUCAUAAAUGUUUUGUCGUGGUCAAGCUCCGAUCACAUGCUAUUACUUCUAGUGAGUCCAGCAGAUAAAUUUCCACUCUUGGCCAAAGAGUUUACACUUGACAAUGACUCAUUUUCGUUAUCGGUAACAUACGAGUUGAGCAACCCAGACCCUAAGGCUUUCACUCCGACCUCAGUGUUUUUUGACCCUGCCCAUCUGCGUUUGUUUGUAGGCUCGAGACAUGCGAAUUUUGCUGCUUACAACUUGUCCCAAGUAUCGCCGAUUGUGCCUUAUCUUAUCAGAAAACUUUGUCCUGGUGAUACUGUGACAUCGAUUUCCAAUGUUCAUUCUACGGCUGAUAAGCUUAUUGCUUUAGUCACUGUGCGUGAUGGCAUAUAUAUGAUGAUCAAAUUUUCCAAGCUUAAUGACUCAUUCCAGCAUGAAAUCAUCCACCAAAAUAAAUUCACGAAAGGUUUUGUUGAGGGAGCCUUUUAUGAACAGGACCAAUUGUUUUUGUAUGGAUUCAGAUCAGGCUCAUUUUUCAUUUGGAAUGAGACUCAGCAGUUGGAGAUUGACCACGAGCCUUGUGGCGGAGCACACAGACAGUGGGAGUUCUUGCGACAGGAUGUGGGCACAUCAUUUAGAUUCAAUUUCCUCCGCAAUUCUAGUUUGAUCUCGAGAAGAAUCCACAACAAAUUUGGAAAAUCAGGUGAUGGAUUACUUUUUUCCGGGACGCAUGGGCGUGAGAUUCGGAGUUUAGCUCUCUGUCCACAUGAAGAUUCUGAUGGCCAUAGAUUAUUUGCUCUGGCCUCGGAAGAUGCCACGAUUAAGGUUGGAUAUGUCUCUACCCAGCUAGCAGUGCAGUACAAAUGGACCAUGAAUAACCAUGUUUCUGGGUUACAGGCUGUGCAUUUUCUCGACAAGGAUUUUUUUGCCAGCUCGGCAGCAAACGAAGAGCUCAUUAUGUGGAAAAUCAACCGGGAAAUCCCAAAUAAUAUUGCUGUGUGUGAACAAGCUAGAAUUCAGACAUCAGGUGAAAAUCCAGACUUACGUAUAAUGGACAUCGCCUCAGUUGAAUGCCCUGGAGGGUUCUUCAUUGCGGCAGGAUUUUCCAACUCCAUUAUCAAGGUGUUCUAUUAUGACAAAAACAAGAGCGUGUUCUCAGUUGUCGCCGAAGAUGUCUACAGUACAUUUUGUAUUUUGAAUGUUGAGUUUAUCAUGUUUGAGAAUUCGAUGUUCUUGGUAGCUGGUACCACAGAUGGCGUCGUGACAAUUUGGGAUAUAUCGUACUGUCUCACUUUGAGCGGUUCUCAAGAUUGUUUCGAAGUUUUCAAGUUCGGUACUCCAAAAAUCAAGCAACAAUUACAUCAAAGUGGAGUGAAAGCCUUACUUUUGAUCCCUACUUCGUCAAAAUCGUGGAAGAUUGUUACAGGGGGAGACGACAAUGCCUUGUUAUCUGCUAAUUUGAGCAUAAAUGCGGCUGAAAUUUCAUUGACAAUAGACUCUUUCGUGGAAAAUGCUGCCUCGGCGACAAUCACAGGAAUUGUCAGGACAGCGGAAAAUCUGGUUUUUGUCACUUCAGUGGACCAGAUCAUGAGGAAGUGGAAUUAUGAUAAAGGUUUGGUCUGCUCUGCUGCUACUUAUACAACUGUUGCAGAUACUGGUUGUUGCAUCAGCGGAAAUAUCGGUGAAAAGAACUUCGCUAUUGUGGGUGGUGCUGGGCUUAGCAUAUUCGAGAUUUGA